GCUACAUUGAGACGGAUCUUCCAGUCAGUGGAUGUCAAUGGCGACGGCCGAAUCAACAAGCGUGAGAUGAUCAAAUUCUGUCGCGCAAGUCCAGAGCUUGCUGCGUCUUUGGGCUUCCCCACUGGUGUCAAGCAGGAGGGCGGCACGAGGGAUUUGCUCGAAGCAAGGUUUCAGGCCAUGGACCGGGAUGACAAUCGAGAAGUGACCUGGGAGGAGUUUUUUGAUUUCUUCAGCGCGGAGAUGGAGCAGGCUGCACAGGAGGGCGUCAUUCCAGGUGUGGUCGCUGCGCAGCGAUCGGUAGAUGGGCGUUCUUGGCAGCCAGAGAGGCAGAAUGUGAGCAGUAGCCCCAAGGCUCAAAGCUGGAUGCGGGACUUCCGUCAGGAGGAGAGGACAGAGCAAGAGCUGAUGCAGGACUCGAAAAGCGUGUCCAACAGCUUGAAUAGGGCAGAUCAGGCUGAGCAGGAGCGGAUUCAAGCGCAGGAGGAGGCUUUCGAGAAAGAGUUCGAGCAAAAGCACAAGGCAUGGGAAGAGCUGCAGGAGAGAGCUAAAGAUGACGAGGCAGAGGCCAGGCAGGCGAUAAUGGAAGCGGCGGAGAAGCUGCUCCAGGACUUGUCCGACAACCCUUUCGAAUUAAUCCCACGACCUUCAGAAGUGUCGGUUGUGGAGCAGGUCGCAUCGUUGUUGCAAGCAGCUGCAGACACGGAGCUGGCAGAUUAUUCAAGGGCCCUCCGCCUUCUGCACAAAGAGUCUGCACGCAACCUCGAGCGUUUCAAGUUCCACCUUCGAAUGCAGAUUGACGGAUUUGAUGCCGAUGUCCCAAGCACGGAAAAUAUGCAGUCUGUGGAGUCGGUCAAGGCAGAAGCUUCGUCCCAGUGCGGAGGCUGCCAGCAGCUGGAGGCCUUCCAGCACGACAUACUGAUUCGGGCUCCAGCUUCUUCAUGCCGAGGCUCAACAUCGGGUCAUCCAGCAGAUUCUGCUGUAGCUGGGGGAAAAGGCGAUACAUUUUCAUCUUCCAGUUGUGGACCGCGCCCAUAUUUCAUGCCAGCGGAUGUGAAGGCCCCAGCAUGGGCUUCUUCAUAUAACCGUGUGGUUGAAAAGCAGCCGUCACCUGCAAGCAUUGUGCAGCAGGAGGCUUUUGGGUUUCUGGGUGAUCCACUUCCCUCUGCUGCCGUUGGCAAUGUGUCAAGCUACUCACGAGGAGUGAUGUCUCCCUCUCUACUUCGAGUUGGCUCCGACACGCUGCCUGGACGCAAGGCACACAAGACUGACUGGACCAACCAGGACGCGAGCCUCGCCAUUCCGCUAGGAUGCACGAGGAUGCUUGUUGGUGUCUUCGAUGGUCACGGUGAGCAAGGACACGAGAUCUCAGCUUCCGUUUCUAUGCUGUUUUCUCGUUUCGCCGACGCCUUGGCCAAGAUGGCCGAGGACCAGCGCGUAAAUCCCGAAGCAUCUGUGCCCCGGCAAAUGGCACAUCUUUUCGCCAUGGCGCAAGAUGGUUUGGAACGUGGAGGGCUUGCCGAGUGGUCAGGGACGACGGCCACGUUGGCGUUGAUCGAUGCCGAGGCUGGUGUCGUUAUCUGCGCGCAUGUCGGGGACUCGCGGAUGGUCAUUUGCCAUCAGCAGAAGGUGCUCUUCGAGACUGUCGAUCAUGACAUUGAUGACAUUGCCGAGUGCCGAAUGGCGGCAGCGGGGGGCGAGGUGCGGCAGAUGCUCGUGUCUGGCAUAGAUGCUCGUCGUGUUUUCCUCAAAGGCACCGAUGUACCUGGCUUGGCAAUGUCCCGGGCACUUGGCGAUGCACAG